AUGUUCGGAGUCAAUGUUUCUUCUUUGACCAUGUCAGAAAAUUUCCCCCAACCAUCUCUGCUGGGAACGCCAGAUUCUCUGCAGCUCUCUCUUCCUGUGGCGAGCAACACAACGCCCUUCACAGGAAGUAACUUUAACUUCUCCAGGGUCUCUGCUCCAGCUGGCAGCUCAGAGUGGCUACUGCCAUCAGCUUCUGGCACCUCUUUGGAACCUCUUCUGGGAAGUGCCUACCUUUACCAGCCUUCCAGCACAACUAUGCUGUCUGCAGUUUCAGACCAGCACCAGAGCCAUCCUUCACCUGCCUCUUACCCAGGGAUUUUUGGGUGGGACCUCACAGGAAGCACUGAAAAGAAGUCCUCUUCACUCAAGGACUCCACUGUCACGGUCACUGACCAAGACACAGCUAGGUCUUCCGUGCCCGUGGCAAUUCAGCAUAACAAACCUGCAGAUACCAAUACCAUAGUCCCUCUGUAUCCAUCCCUACCUACUAGCCUUGUCCGGGGGACACCAAAUCAGGGACAUAGCUUAUCAGUUCCGCACCAGGAAGGGAGCCAGGUCUAUUACUAUAGUCAGGGCCCACUGGGGACCCUGCUCCCUAGAGAGCUUGGCCCUUGCCUGCAAUCGUACACAGGAGGUAGGACCCCUGCUCCUCAACCAGAAAUGGUGAUGGUGCUAACAGAGAUCCAGCCUACAAAUGCCCUACAGCCGGACUCGGCCUCUGGAGUUUACUACUCCGUGUCUGAACAAGCCAUCUCAGAAGCAAGUUUUCAAGUGAUGGACACGUCCCUGGGGACGGAGACUUCUUUGAGACUGCACCCUUCAAACCAGAUACUGUGCCUGUCACAAACUCCAGACUUGCCCAAGUCUGGCAGGAGCAGAAAUAUCCAAAUACUAGAAAGUAAUCGAUCCACCAAGCUUGAAGACAAUCCCGUUACGGCUCCGUGUGAGAGUUCUAGUAACCUCCUUGCCCUGCCUCCAGCUCCAAGACAGGAACAAACUGAAAACCAGGAUCUGGAAGAAGUUCAAAACAAGCUUCUGGAACCUCCGGAUGUGUACCAGGUUCCAAUAAAAAACCAAGACGCUCCACUAGUACCUUUAGAGACCCCUGAUGUUCACCACCUUUUGGCUUGUCUGGACACCUUCAAUCAUGAGGGGCAGACUGGUUCAGAAAGCAUUGAUGUGACAAAGGACAGAUUUACUCUCAACGACCAAGAGACACUUGAAAAUGAGAUUGGGUCUGGCAGCGGUUUUGCAGAUCUCACUAAACUAGUGGAGGAUAUCCAUGUUCGUCAGCUCUUCAACUCCAUGGAAGACCUCCAUCAACCCAAAGACCUCAAGGUCAUCAAAGCCAAAGAAAUCAAGGCCAUCCAGGUGAAUCAAGUGCAGGAAACAUCAAGCCUGAUAAUGUCUUCCUCUGAUCAAGUCAGGGAGAGCAAACACGAGGCUUCUGAGCCCAUCAGUGGUUCUUCCAAGAGCAAAAUCGAAGCAAAGAUCCCAGAGAAAGAAGUGAUUGCUUGCAAUCCAGAAGGCGGCUACCAGGCACCUACAAAUACCAACAAGUGUCCCAACAUCAAACCUCUGGAUCAAGCUGCAUUAAGCAGGAUCAGCAAAAAGAAGAGUCAAGGGCAGGAGAAGAUGAAAAGAACUAGGAAAAAUACUUCCAAGAAAGCUGGAGGCAGUGAGCAGUCAGUUCCAGAAGAGAAGCCCAGCAUCCCCAAAAGCAAGAGGAAGAAAAAUCAGCCCGAGUUUGGCCAGGAGACCUUCCAGAAGCCUCGCAGCAGCCUGGGCAUGCAUAUGCUGGAGUCUGUCCAGGUCUUUCAUGCUUUAGGGAAGAAGAGAGAUCACAAAGCCGGGCCAUCUUCCUCUCUGGCUCUGGGAAUCUCAAGCAACACCAAAUACCCCCAGCCAAGCCCAGCUGUGAGACCACGGCUGCACAUCCCACCUGAGGGGCAAGGGCCCGAGAAAACCCAAGUCAGGGCCCAGCAAUCUGACGGUCAUACAAAGAAACAUCCAUCUUCAUCCCAGGAUAAGCUGCCACCUCCUGGGAAGGUCAAGUUGGUGCCUUUGCCUUUUCUCACCUUGGACAAGCCUCAAGUUCAACCUGCUCCUUGCAGGCCACAGUCUCUGGCCUCAAAUCAACCUUUAGGGGCUCAACCUCCUGGGUCUGGUUCUACCAACUCAGCUCUAUCCAUUUUAAAGGUCAAUGAAUCAUGGCCAGCUCCUGCCAAUGCCUCUGAGAUGAGUCCUGCUAAACCAGCGUGGCCAACGCUCACCAACCCAGGCCAACCAGCCGUGAGCAACCCUCCUUGGCGCAAUGUCCUGCAGGGUCCUCCGAGGCCUGCAGCCCACACAGCUGCAUCUGGCGCUGCUUUCCAGCGAGAGCCGGUGACCACUGUUGGGAGCAAGCUGCAGCCCCCAUCUAAGCCUCAAGCCCAGUUUCUACUGCAGGACUUCAGCUUCCAACAAAUCCCAUGGAAGAAGCCCAAUGUCCCUGAGCCCGUGAUGUCCAAGCCCAUCACCAAUGAGCAGAGGCCGGAGCGUGAGGCCAUGAAGAGGCGGGCUCAACAGGAGCGUGAGAACGCUGCCAAAUACACCUCGCUGGGCAAGGUGCAGUUUUUCGUCCAAAGGGAGAAAGACAUGGACAUUGCUCGGUAUUAUGGUUACGCGAUAUGA